UAUUGUUUCACGUGGCGGCUGAGUCAGCGUGGAACCCACGUGGGCACCACAUGGCAGGGUGUCCCCGUCAGCUCCUGCGUCUCUUUCCUCUCUUUUCUUUCUUUGUUUUUCUCCUCCUUUCCUCCCUCUCGCUCUCUGCUCGUGCAUAGGCGGCGGCGCGCGCGGCCGACGACGGCGGCUCCCGGGUGGCGGCGCGUGGGCUCAGGGCGGCGCGAGCUCGCCGGCCUCCCCGUCCCCCUGUGUGGUUGGCGAUGGCGGCGCGCGGCUGCGGCCAUCAUCACCGAGAUCGAUUCGACGCCGCCGCCAUCAGUCGCUGCCGUCGGCGCGCUGCAGUGGGCCGUCCGCAACUUCAUCCGCGCCGGCGACUGCAUCACGCUGCUGCACGUCUGCCCGUCGGCGAGGUCGCGGCGGAGGCGGCGCAGCCUACGCCUCGGCGGCUUCCAGCUCGCCCUCGCCUUCAGGGAGCUAUGCAACGGCAUCGCGGAGGCGAAGGUGGAGAUAGUGGUUAGGAAGGGGGAGGUCGGGGAGACGGUGUUGGCGACGGUGAACCAGCUCACCGCCACCACGCUCGUCAUCGGUCUCCACGACAAGAGCAUGUGGCGUGUCGGAAUUUUAUUUGCCGUGGCCGCAGCGGCGGGCUGUAUCGCGGGGUGGUCGGCGCUUGAGCUGCUGGAGCAUGGCGACGACGACUGGAUUCCG